AUGCCUCACGAGAUCUUGGUCGGUAGCUCCUGCUACACGGCGUCUACCGCCCAGGAGCUCAAGGCUCGCGCCAACAAGACCAGCCAGCCCGCCAUCAAGCAGAUUCGCGGCCAGUGGGUCUACUACGUCGACCUCGUCAACCCCAGCAAGGCCGUCCUCGAUCAGGUCAAGGAAUUGCUGCAGGAUGUCGACUCGGAGCCUCUCCUCGCUUCGGAGAGCGGCGGUAACUCCACCAGCAUCUACGUUACACCGCGCUACCUCUCACCCUGGAGCUCCCAGGCCACCAGCAUCGCUCACGUGUGCGGCCUGAAGGACCAUGUGCGCCGCAUUGAGAAGGGCCGUCUCAUUGUCGUCGACUUCGAGACCCCCUUUGAGGCUGGCCAGGAGGCCUCUUUCCGGGAUGUUCUUCACGACCGCAUGACGGAAAUAUUUGGCCUCGAGAAGCCGUCCCUGGACGCCAUGUUCCAGGACGAUGCGCCCGCCCCUCUCGUCGUUGUCGACAUCUUCGCCGAUGGCAAGGAUCCCCUCAGUAUCUUGAAGCAGUACAACCAGGAGAAGGGCCUCAGCCUCGACGAAUCCGAAAUGCAAUAUCUCGUCGACGUCUUCACGAAGCUCGGCCGCCCUCCUCACGACGUCGAGCUCUUCAUGUUUGCCCAGGUCAACUCUGAACACUGCCGCCACAAGGUCUUCAACGCUAGCUGGACCAUUGACGGCGUACCGCAGGACAAGAGCCUCUUCGAAAUGAUUAGAAAUACGCACAAGAAGACUCCCGACUACACCGUCUCGGCCUACAGCGACAACGCCGCCGUUCUCCAGGGCGAGUCUGCUCACUUUUGGUCCCCGGACUACUCAACUGGGUCCUGGAAGCUCACACCCGAGGUCGCACAUGUGCUGGCCAAGGUCGAGACUCACAACCACCCGACCGCCAUUUCUCCCUUCCCUGGCGCCGCUACCGGCUCUGGCGGUGAGAUUCGAGACGAGGCGGCCGUCGGCCGUGGCUCAGUCACCAAGGGCGGCCUGUGCGGUUUCUGGGUGUCUGACCUCCUCAUCCCCGACCGCCGCGCCCCUUGGGAGUCGGACAUUGGCCGUCCGGCCCACUAUGCGAGCAGCCUUGAUAUCAUGCUCGAGGCCCCCAUCGGCAGCGCUCGCUUCAACAAUGAGUUUGGCCGACCUUGCCUUACAGGCACCUUCCGCACCCUUCUCACCCCGGCGACGUCCAAUGGCGCCGCCGAGGAUGCCAAGGAAUGGCGCGGAUACCACAAGCCCAUCAUGCUGGCUGGUGGUGUCGGCACCGUCCGCCCCCAAAAUGCCUUGAAAGAGGAGCGAUUCGUCCGCGAGGGAGCGCACGUCAUCGUCUUGGGUGGCCCGGCCAUGCUCAUCGGCCUCGGCGGUGGAGCAGCUUCCAGCAACGCGUCGGGCGAGGGCAACGCUGAUCUGGACUUCGACAGCGUGCAGCGUGGCAACCCCGAGAUGGAGCGACGCGCCCAGAUGGUCAUCAACACCUGCACGGCCCUCGGCGAGCAAAGCCCAAUCGCCAUGAUCCACGAUGUUGGCGCCGGCGGCCUGUCCAACGCGCUUCCCGAACUCGUUAAGGACGCCGGAUACGGCGGCAACUUUGAGCUUCGGCAGGUUGAGAGCGCGGACCGGAGCAUGAGCCCGCUCCAGAUUUGGUGCAACGAGGCCCAGGAGCGAUAUGUGCUUCUGAUCAACCCCGAAAACAUGAACCGCUUUACCAGCAUCUGUCGCCGUGAGCGCUGCGGCUUCUCUGAUGUCGGUGCUGUCGCGUCUCGGGACUCGAGCGGCGUCUCCAAGCUGGUGCUCACCGACCGAGAGUCCAAGGAGUACCCGCGCCCCAUUGACUUGCCGAUGGAUGCACUCUUCCCCCCCAAGCGCCAGCAGGAUCGCACUGCCACCUCGAUCAAGCCCAGCUUUGCUCCUUUCGAUGCCAUGGCGUCUCUUCGCAAGGAGUUCGGGGAACUCGGCAACUCUGAUCUGCUCAACAAGGCCGUCGAGCGCGUAUUUCUGAUGCCUGCCGUGGGCUCCAAGUCAUUCCUCAUCACAAUUGGCGACCGGACUGUCGGUGGACUCACGACCAGAGACCAGAUGGUUGGACCGUGGCAAACCCCGGUCGCCGACGUCGCCGUCACGGCCACGUCCUUCAGUCUCGGUGGAAAGCAGAGGACCGGUGAGGCCAUGGCCAUGGGCGAGAAGCCUACCUUGGCGCUUGUCGAUCCUGCCGCCUCUGCCAGGAUGGCCGUUGCAGAGAGUUUGUUGAACAUUGGCGCGGCCGACAUCAUGGGCGACCUGCGCCGCGUCAAGCUCUCGGCGAACUGGAUGGCCGCCGUGAGCCACCCUGGUGAGGGCGCUGCCCUUUACGAGGCGGUCAAGGCCAUUGGCAUGGAAAUGUGCCCGGAGCUCAACAUCAGCAUCCCCGUCGGCAAGGACUCGACGUCCAUGAAAGCCGUCUGGAAGGAGGACGGCGAUGCGAAGAGCGUCACCGCUCCCGUCUCGGUCGCAAUCUCCGCCUUCACGGUCGUUGAAGACGUGCGGAAGACCUGGACCCCGCAACUCCGCCGUGUCGAGGAGGUUGGUGAGACGAUUCUCAUGUUUGUCGAUCUCGCUGAGGGACGCAAAGCCUUGGGUGGCUCGGCUCUGGCCCAGUCGUUCGGCGCCGUUGGCAACGAGGUGCCUGACAUGCAGAAUUUCGAUCUGAUGAGGGACUACUUCGAUGCCCUGUCACAGCUGCACGAGAGCGGCGUUGUGCUGGCCUACCAUGACCGAUCUGACGGUGGCCUGAUUACUACGGUCGCUGAGAUGAUGUUCGCUGGCCGAUGUGGCGUCGACAUGAUGAUGGACGGCAUCGCCAAGUCGGGUCAGGCGGGCGACAUGAUAGAGGCGCUGUUCAACGAGGAGCUCGGUGCCGUCUUCCAGGUCCGAGCCUCCGACGAGAUCAACUUCAAGCGCUGCUUCGCUACCUGCGGCCCCCCGCCUGGCUUGAUUCGCAAGUUUGGUGUGGUCAAGUCCAAGGGUAAGCAGUCACUGACGAUCCGCCACGCCGGUGCUACGUUUGCCACGCUUGGCCGUGCCGAAAUGCAGCAGUGGUGGUCCAAGACCUCUCACGAGAUGCAGCGGCUGCGAGACAAUCCUGCCUGCGCAGACUCCGAGUUUGCCACCAUCGCAGACUCCGAGGACCCCGGCAUGUCCUACAACCUGACCUACCCCCCCGCCGAGAACAUUAUGCCCCUCACGUCGUCCAUCAGCGGCUUCUUUGGCAAGGUCCCGCGGGUCGCUGUGCUGAGAGAGCAAGGUGUUAAUGGCUACGCCGAGCUGGCCUUUGCCUUCAAGGCUGCCGGCUUUGAGCCCGUCGACAUCCACAUGACGGAUGUCUUGGAUGGGAGGUCCCUUGCCGACUUUACUGGCUUGGCUGCUCCCGGAGGCUUCUCGUACGGUGAUGUUCUUGGCGCAGGUCAGGGCUGGGCCAAGUCGAUUCUCAUGCACGAGAACACCCGGCGGGAGUUUACCGAGUUUUUCAAGCGUCCUGAUACGUUCGCUCUGGGUGUUUGCAAUGGCUGCCAGUUGCUCACACGCAUCAAGUCUCUGAUUCCCGGCGCCGAGCACUGGCCGACGUUUGUCGACAACACCAGCCAGCAAUUUGAAGGCCGUUUCAGCAUGGUCAAGGUCGAGGAGAACAGCAACAAGCCGUCCGUCUUCUUCCACGGCAUGAAUGGCUCGACUUUGCCCGUUGUUGUGUCUCACGGCGAGGGUCGGGCCAAGUUCCCGUCGCCUAACUCGCUGCAGGAACUGACCAACUCGGGCAUGAUUCCUCUUCGCUAUGUCGACAACCGUCUAGGUGUCACGGAGCAGUACCCCUACAACCCCAACGGCAGUCCUGGUGGUGUUGCCGGUGUGUCGACCAAGGACGGCCGCUUCGUGGCAAUGAUGCCGCACCCUGAGCGCACCGUUCUUGCUGAUGUGGCCAGCUUCGUACCUCGGGACGCCGUCGAGGAGUGGGGCGAGUUUGGCCCUUGGGUGCGCAUCUUCCGUAGCGCCCGACGAUGGGUGGGCUGA